GUCCCUAAAAGAAACCGGAAAUGCUGGCGUUUUGAUAAUUGUUUUUAUAUUUAAAUUGUUUAUCGUGGUCUGGUUUCUAGUUCGAUACUAUCAGUAUGACCGGUCAUAUCUUAUUCUGAGCUUUAUGACUUCUUUUGUGGUUUAAUACUUCUGCCGGUGUCGUCUGGAUUUCCUUCGGUUUCUUCCCUGUUACUGUUAGGUGACCUAUUGUGUGCAAUGUUUUUUAACUUAAAAAAUGUGUACCACAUACAAACACAGCCAAAACUACCGAGAGUUGAAUACGUGGUCAAAGAAUACGUAGGCAUAUAUGACAAAAACCACAGUUCAUGUAAACCUAAGCAUUUUAUGUUUUGUGUGUGUGUUUCAAUAAAGAAAAUCUGGUUGUUUGGGGCACACGGUAGCUCAGUGGGUAUGACUAUUACAGCACCCCUCCAGAGUUGAGGAUACAAAUCCAUUGUAUCUGGAGUUUUUCAAGUUCUCCGUCUUCGGUGUUUUUGUGCUGUGCUGCCCUUCGGUUUUUAUAGUUAUAAAUCGAUCAAUACCCAACGUAAUCAGCACACAGAUCCUAAAAAGAAUUACGGAAAAUAUAUUUUUAAUAACAUUUAAGAUUAUAAUGUCAUAGAAAUCAAUUUCAUGUGAAUGGAUAUAUCGUGUGUAAUGUACGUGUGCUCGAAUUCGAAUAAAAUAUGUAUUUAAAAUUCCGGAACCAUUUUUUAAUUUACGCUGUGCAAUAGGGACGACAUAUGGUGACGAAAUCCCGAAGGCGUGUGUUGCGAGCACAGAACUGAAACGCGUGAAUAUUUCAAUAGUGCGGUAGUGUUUCAGUUUGACGGGUACAAUAAUUAAAUAUGAUGGCAGGGAACGAAUGCGGUCAAAAUAAAUCUGAAACCGGGAUUGUGCUGGGGUUUGUGGAAGAAGUGGAGCUUUGGCAGCUGAGGAGCUCUCAGUUCCCCAGCAAAGUCGGAGGAAAGCCUGCUUGGCUGAGUCAGUCUGAUUUACCAGGCGGGUCGGAGUUAGAGUGUGAAAAAUGCCAUCUGCCUACCGCCUUCCUCCUGCAGGUUUAUGCCCCUAUUUUGGGUCAGGACAGGAGUUUUCAUAGAACGAUCUUUGUUUUUUGUUGUAAAACUCCUUCGUGUUACUCUCGCAACGACAGUCGCUGCUUUAAAGUCUUUAGGAGUCAGUUAGCAAGAAAAAAUGAUUUUUAUCCGUACGACCCUCCACCUGACGAGGACCCCAAGGAAAGCGAUGCGCUGAAGUCUGGGAUUAAGCUUUGCGGGUUAUGCGGCUGCAUUGGUCCAAAAACUUGCUCCCGUUGUCAUGCGGUCAAUUACUGUAGUAAAGAACAUCAGACAAUUGACUGGAAGGCCGGUCAUAAGAAUGAAUGCGCUGGUAAAGAACCAUCCUGCUCAGAUCACUUGAAUACGUUCAUAUUCCCGGAGUUUGCAUUGGUUACUGAAGCCGAAGAGCUGCCAGCUGAAGAUGAAAAGCCCUGUAACACACCAGAAGAAGAAAAACAGAGCCUGGAACUUCACGCUUCUGACGACGGUAGCGCCAUGGAGGAGAAGGAGCUUCAGGAUAUGGCCAUGCAUGAAACUAAGGACAGCAAAGUUUUUCAGAAAUUUAAACAAAGAACGGCAUCGGAACCUGAGCAGGUUUUGCGCUACUGCAGAAUGGGCUCUCCUCUUUGGGUAUCCUCAGAACACAUUCCCAAAGACAAGGACAUACCAAAGUGCAGCUGCGGGGCGAGGCGUCUGUUUGAAUUGCAGGUUAUGCCCCAGCUUCUUAACUACCUACAUGUUGACAGCCCUGGAGACAGCAUAGACUGGGGCACUCUCUUAGUCUACACAUGUGAGGACAGCUGUGACCAUGGCAACAAAUACUCCCCAGAGUUCCUCUGGAAACAAGACAUAGGUGGUGAUGGCACUGUCUGACAGACUACUCACAUGCUGAUAAAACUGGAAGCCUCAUGUGUGACUUACUAUUUACUCACACACAAGUGCAUCUUCAUCUGAUGGAAUGCACUGGGAGUUCUUUACUUCAGAUUUUAUGGAUCAACUUAAUGUGAAGUACUAUACAGGAAGACCAAGGGAAUUACUUUUUUUUUAAUAUCUUAACCUU